AUGUUGCUUGUUCCGACAUCUGUUCCUUCUCAAUUAGUUAACAAUAACGAAGUUAGUAAUGCUGGUGGUUCUUCUGUUGGAGUUUCUAAUUCUGGAGAAAUACAAACUUCAACAAUAACACGUCCAAACCCUCAAAUAAUUUUUUUACAACAACCUCAACAGACUUUACAACAACAAAAUGUAACACGUUCAACUGUUGGCAGUAAUAAUACAAAUAGUACCCCAACAACUUCACCUCCUGUCGCUACAACAGCAAUUCCAUUCCAAUCAACAGCAGCACUUGGUGGUCAAUUUGUUCUUUUAGCAGCAGCUACUCCAGCAAAAGGAAAUGGUGGACAACAACAGUUUCAACUUAUUCCUAUUACUCAACUUAUUACUGCACAACCGUGUACUUCAACUCAACAAAUAAAUUCUACUGGGAAACAACCUCAAUUAUUAUUCCAAGUGGCAGGUCAAACAAUCCAAAAUAACAAUAAUCAAAGUAAUGGGCAGCCUUUAUUAUUAUCAUCUCAACAACAACAACAACAACCUGUGCAGACAAUUCAAUUUCAACCAAUUGAUCCAAGUAAAUUUAUGUCUGGUGGUGUUGUUACCUCUUCUACUCCUACUACCACCACAACCAACCAAGUCAGUAAUAGUGCUAGUAUGACUACACAGACUGGUCUUCCUACACAAACAAUUCCAACUUCAGCACGUAAAGUGCCAGCACAGACUAAGAAGCGAGAACCUAAAAAGACACCAGUCAAAACAGAGCCACAACAGACCCAACAACAAGUACAACAGCCCCAAUCAACUCAACAGCAAGUAACUCCGGUUUCAAAGUCUCAACAAAUAAUUACUUUGGGACAUUUAUCUUUCCAACAAGACCCAAAUGAUCCACAAAAAUGGAUUAUAACAAAUGAUAGUGGUGGAAGUUCGAACGUUAAAACGCCUCAAAAAACUAUGCAAGGUGCUAAUGCUGCUUCAAAAAUUGUUAAAACUGAUGUUAAGCAACAACCGUUGGAAGCAGCAACCCAAUUGCCUAUAACAAAUAUUGGGGGCUCAAAAAGAAUUGCUUGUAGUUGUCCAAAUUGUGUAAAUGGAAUAAAAGGUGGACUAGAAAAGGGAAGACAACAUAUUUGCCAUAUUUGUAAUAAAACUUAUGGAAAAACAUCUCAUUUACGUGCACAUUUGAGGGGACAUGAAGGAAAUAAACCUUUUGCUUGCGAUUGGCCAGCAUGUCCACGCCGAUUUACUCGCAGCGAUGAGUUACAGAGACAUCGUCGAACUCAUACAGGCGAAAAACGUUUUACUUGUCCACAGUGUAGCAAACGUUUUAUGCGUUCUGAUCAUUUAACAAAACAUGUACGUACACAUAUUGGUGUAAGUCAAAGACCAACAACAGCAGCAUCUAAUACUACAUCCUCCAACAAUACAACAACAACAAAUGCUAAUAAUUUAAACGCCAAUACAUUACGAGCAGUUGGAAGUAAUUUAAUUUUACAGCCACAACCAAUGACUACAAAUACAACUAUAGUGGAUGAUAGGGGAAUUAAAUUGGAAGUUUUGAGUUGA